AUUAAGAGGGGUAAACAACGCAAUAAAAAUAUUCUCAAAAACAUUUUCAGACUAUUGAAAAAAUAAUAAUGUUUUUAACCGAAGAUAUUCAGCAGAUUAACAGCGAAAAAUUAUCCCAAAUCGAACAGAACCAAGCAAAAGAUUCAAAUGGAAGGAAUAAAUUAAAAAGCUGGCUAAAUAGGAAUUUUCGUAUUGAGAUGAUUGAUGGACGAAAGCUAAUUGGACUGUUCUUAUGUACUGAUCGUGAUGCUAAUGUGAUCCUUGGGAUGUGUUCGGAAUUCCGAAGUUUAGACAGUGAAGCUAGAAAUCUUGGAUUAGUAAUAAUUAAGAAGUGCGCAAUCAAGAAGAUUGAAGUCGAUGUAUUUAAUCAAGGAGAAAUUUUAUAAUUUAUUGGAAUAUUUCUACUAUAUUUAUUUAAGAGUCUAAUAUAUUGUAAGAAUAAAAACAAACU